AUGAAAUACGGGCAGCGGUUGGAACACGAAUCUGUUCCGGAAUGGAGCGUCCGUAAGUUGCACGAAUCUUCGUGCUGCAUGGCAGAUGCAGCUAGCACGGCUCCCGGAGCUUUUCCCACGCAUCAUCUGCCGAACACUUCGACACUUACGUACGAGGUGCAUUUCACACUAACGCUCUUGCUCCUGUGCGCCCCUAGCUCAGACAACCUCGACUACAACUCUCUUAAGCAUGAGAUUAAAGUAUAUACUACGCACGACCAGGCUACGGCCAUUACCAUUCCUGGCCGCCAGGAUACUGCUUUGCAAAAUUUUGAAGACGGUCUAUAUACCGAAUUAUGCUGCCAACAUUAUCGUAUAGAUCUGUUUAUUACCAGCAAAGCAGGUGAAAUUUCAAGGCGGUUAGAACACUUUGCCACGAAGACUCAGCGUUGGGUUGCCAAAUACUCUGACGGAGACGCUGAUUCGCUGUCUCUAAAGCGGCAACGAAGGUUUACCAAGUACGAACGGGAAGUACUGCGCUGCGGAGAGGAAAUUCAAGCCUUGUCGCGCUUUGCUAAUGCCCAAGUCGUUGGUUUUAGAAAGAUUCUCAAGAAACACAAGAAAUGGACAGGCUCAAAGAUGUUGUCCUCUCGAUUUAGUGAAAUCGUUCUUAAUAACGCCAAGAGUUUUACCAAACGCACUUUCGAACACCUUCACAACAGACAUGAUGAAAUUCUUGCUGAUCUGCAGGCGGCAACGCCUCACUUUAGCAAACGCAGCUCACCCGAAUCUAUUGAACCAGUGAUGCCAGAAUCGCCAGGGUCGCCCAACCCUCGACAGGUUGACUUUGAGCCACUUUCCCCUUCACAAAUGGAUUCAUCGGUAAAAUACUGGAACGAAUACGACAAUGGCAGUGAAAGAGGGGGCCUCGAAGGUGUCUAUGUCAUAUAUACUAGCCCUACAGGGGAUACUGGUUUCCCCGGAUUUUGUGACGGUAUAACGGCACGAACCAAGUCGAUUGUGGCUUGGAUAAAGCGAUUGAUCACAAGGGGAGAAGGAGAUUCCUAG